CGCCCUGCAGCAGGGCAAAUCCAUGGCGGCCGCCCGGCUCCUCCCGCAGAAGCAGCUGGAAGCCAUUUGUGUCCAAGUUCAGCCAGGACAGAUGAAGGAAACUGAAAGGCCAAUGCCAUCAUUGGCACCAAUCCAAUCCAAAACUAUAACGCUGAGUCAGUCGGUUGGUAGAAAUUCUAGCAUACCAGGACUUGGCAUUAUUAAUCCCCAGAUAAUUAGGAUACAGCCUGUUACAGGAAGUGAGCAGCAGCAGCAGCAGCUAGUCCUGCAUAGUUCUUCUGAGUCUCCAAUUCAGUUGCUUAUGCAGAGACCUUUACCGCCUCAUGGAUCAGUGUCUGUGAACAAGAUUCCCGCAUCUAAGAUGGUAAAUGGACAGAAAGCUACAUGUGCCACAGUAUCCGCUACAAGGUCUCCAAAUACUACCAUGGUUGCAGCCAGUUCAGCAAAUACUCUGGUACCAUGCCUUGAAAAGAAACAAAAAGAUGACAAGUUAAAAAAAUCCUUGAAAGUGAAAACUCGUUCUGGACGGAUUUCACGCCCCCCCAAAUACAAAGCUAAAGAUUAUAAAUUCAUUAAAAUGGAGGAUUUGGCUGAUGGUCAUCAGUCUGAUUCUGAUGACUAUUGUGAGCUGAGUAUAGAAGAUGAUGAAGAAGGAAAGGUGAAGGGAAAGGAUGCGUUAUUCAGUUCUUCAAAUUAUAAUCUGAAACCCAAAAUGUUUAAAUGUCAGACUUGUGAAAAAUCCUAUAUAGGAAAAGGUGGAUUAGCAAGACAUUAUAAACUUAACCCAGGCCAUGGACAGCUGGAGUCUUCACCUCAAAAAAUACCUUUAAGUAAGCCUAAUGGAAGUAUAUUCGUGGACAAUGCCUGUGGAAUAAGAGAGGAAAUGAUGAGUCCAGCACAUUUGGAUUCAGUUGCUGUCACUUUAAAUAAUGAAAAUGCACUAGCUACCGAUCUGGAAGAAACUGUUGAUUUGAAGGCUGGACAACAGACUUGUAAGUCUGCAGAAAGCAGACACUUGUUGGCAGAACAACAAAAUGAGACCAGUUCAGGACACCGGGGACCCAUAACACCAAAAGGACCUGGGAGACCCAGACGACCAAAGAGACGUGGUCGACCAAGGAUGGGUGGAAGAUCUAGGUGUUCUGGAAGGCUUAGCAGACCUGGUCAGUCCCCUUCAAAGUCACUUAGUAGUGUGUCAGCAGAACACAAUGUAUUCAGAAGAAAAGCUAGGUUAAAAGAGCUAAUACAACAAUGUGAUAAUGAGGACUUGAUGGAGCUGGCUCUCCCACGUCUUACAAAGCUUGUUACAGUAUAUGAAUUUCUGUUGAUGAAGGUUGAAAAAGGGUAUCCAGCCAAAGCUUACUUCCCAGAUGUGUAUAGGGAGUUUGAAGACUUGCAUAAUAUGGUAAAGAAGAUGGCUUAUGAUCACCUCAAUAAUUCUGAUUUGCUGAGUUGCCAGCAGCCUGUUGAAAUAAAAGAUGCUAAGGUUGCUGAAUCGCUAGGAAUUCCAGAAAUACUCACUGGAGAACGAAAGACGCAAGGUGUAGACUCUUGUUCACAAUGUAUAAUUAAAAUGGUUAGUGAGCAAGUGCCCGUGGAGAUACUGGGACAAAAACGGUUAGCUGAGAGCUCAGGGGAGGAGCUGUUGCCAUCAGCCAAAAGGACCAAGUUAGAAGACGUAAUGGAGAAUGUGAAUAAUGCUUAUGCCAGUCAAGAUGAAGUGAAAGAAAAGAGUGGGAAUUUGUGUACACUGUUUGAAAAAGAUGGUUUUAAUCCAUUAAAUGGAGAAAUCCUGCUUUCAGAAGAUGGGCAUAUCACUUGCUGCACAACUGGAAGUACAUUACUGACGGCAGAGGAGCAUAAUUCACUUGCUGAUUCAGGAGUUGGAAUCAAUGUUGAAAAUUCAGGUACCUUCUCCCAGACUGUGAAAAUGAGGAUAGAGUAUUCCCAGCCUGUGAACAUACAGGGACCAGGUAUGGCAGGUGAAGCAUCUCUGCUACAUGCUGAAGUUGUAUUACCUGUUGAAACCGAUGGCUCAUCUGGAUUAGUUCAAGCACACUUUGUGAGUGAGAAUACAGCAGGUGGACUGCCAGCUCCUGAACCUUGCAACUCUGUGUCGGAGAAUGCAAUGGGCAGUCAGAGCACUAAUUUACCAACGAGGGAAGAAAAUGGUCACGAUCAAAAAUACCAGAAACUGCAAGAAGAAAACCAUGAUUUUGCAAUUAAAGAACAUUCUGAACAACUUCAAAAUGCUGAUAUGACUGAUGAGAUGCAGGAACUUGAAAAAGUUCUUUCAACAAACAUCGUGCCAAUAAACUACCCACAUGGUGCUCAGACUGAGUUGCACCAGAACCCUGUCCAGGAAGCCUCCCUGUCUGCUCAUGUGAACCAUGAAAACUCUUUUAAAAACAUGAAUGAAUUUUCUUGUGCAACAGAGGAACAACAUGAGCUGGAGAAUACAGUUACUGUAGAUGAAACUGUAGCCUUUGAGAUUACUGAUGAGAGCCAUGAUUUUUUGACUCAGGGACAUGAACAAAUUUUUAUUCAGACUUCAGAUGGGCUUAUCCUGUCUCAUCCAGAUACUGCAGUUCUGUCUCAGGCAGAAGGUAUCGUUAUUGUAACCGAUUCUAAUGGUACUACAAUGCACAUUCGCACACCUGAGGGGAUACCUUUGGAAACUGUGGAAGCACUACUGGCAAUGGAAGCAGAUGGCCAAAGUGAAGAUAUUUUGCUCUCGCAAAGUGAAUUGGAGCCAUAAAUUAGAAAACUGUAUAUGCUUUCUUCUGGAAAAGACUGACUAUAAAAUGUAUAUUUUUCUAAUGUGAAUACUGAAAUAAUUGAAAUUUAACUUAUUUGUAAACUGUUUCUAUGCCCUGUACUUUUUAUAACUUAUGUUUAUAUAAAUCUAGCAGCAUUGCAACCAAAAAUUCUAGAAUUAACGUCGUUCUAUUUGCUUUAUAUGUUGGGGGUGGGUGGAAAGUGGAAAUCUGUCAACCCUUAAACUGUUGCACUAUUCCCUUUUGUUACAUAAUUCCUUUUCUCUCUAGCCAUCUAAAAAUGCAGUAAGUUGUACUGCUGCUCAGCAGUGAUGUGCUGUGUACUGGCAAGCUGUA